AUGGUGGAUCUCGCCAACUUGCUUCUUCGACUUCCCCCAGAAAUUGUUCUCCGCAUAUUUUCGUUUCUCACUACUGUUGAGAUUAAUAAACUAGCUUCUGAUCUUGAGCACACAGAUGAUGGGGAUCGUUACCAUUCACUUAUUAUCCUUGCGUACAGCCUGCUUUAUCUGAAGACACUAGUGAUGGACUCUACCGAGACAUAUAUGCCCAAACAUGUUGGACAGGAGCGAAACUAUAUCGACAUUUACCUGCUUUCCCUGGUGGUUUCAUGCAGCCCAGUAUCGUUAAAGCAGAAAGCAUUGAUCUCUACUUGUCCCAACUCAUUGACAUUUUGUUUCACCAGAGAGCUUAUGGAUCCAAAGGUAUUUAUGGAAGAGCUCAACACCUUUAGUGACAUGUUAACUCGUCUUGUGGCUCCUCAGAAAGGCAUAGCUGAAAGUACCACUCAUCAAUAUCUCAACAUGAUCAAUGGUUUCUCUCUCGUGAUAAGUAGUGGCCGCGACCAGUCAUCCAUCGAACUCCCAACCGCAGUGGGAGUGCUGAUCUUGAGGCUAUUGACCCAUUUGGCAGAUCCUCGUGCCAGCUUGAGUCCCACAUUGCUGCUGAAGCUUGUCUCUCUCGAUAUCCACAACUCGGACUUGGGAAACUUUUUGCAUAUAGAAUGGGGAAGGUUGCUCUGUCGGUUUGAAAACUUGCAGCUGCUCAAAUUGAACAACAAUCUCAUUGGAAACCUCAUAGAAGAGUUUGAAUGGCCGGCAAAGCUACGUAUACUAACCAUUGCCAAUAACAAGAUAACUUCACCUGAUUUUAUCUCGCGGCUCCCCAAGACACUCGAAGUCCUUUCACUUGGAAGAAACUACUUUGAACGUAUUGGAUUCGAAAAUUCAGACCUUCAAUUAGCCUCAUUUCCUCGUUUACGAUACCUCGAUCUCGAACGCAGUUAUUUGCUCAAAAAGAUCAAUCUGCAUAUAUUUCACAAUAUUGGGUCAAAGGGCAACUUUUCAACCUUAGCUCUUUACAACUGCACACUUACCGAUGACUGCUGGCACGAUUUGGAAUUGGCAGCAUCCCAAGAGAAUUUCAACAUUCUAAGAGGCACUGACGAAUUUGGUUAG